CUCAAUCUUCAACAUAUUCCUACGUACCCGACCAUCAUCCUACACAUUGUCCUAUAUAUCCUACUCCCAAUAAUUUCCCUCAAAAUGAAACUCUUGUCCCUCGCCACCACUCUCACCUCUCUCAUCGCAACCGUCUCCGCCUCCUUACCAUCCACAUACACACUCGUCGCAGAUGGAGGCUGGACUGUCGUUACUGAUGGAACACAUUUAUACAUCGGAACCGGCGACAUUAAACAAUACCCCAUUCUCAUCCGUACACCUCUCCCAUCCCCCAUCCCCUUCCCCCAAGCACACACUAACCCUACCCCUAUCUACAAUAUAGUAAAAGGCGGCUCCAACAACACCUUGAUCACCGGCCACAAGCAAUACGACACCACUACAGGCAUCCAACACCUCUACGUCAACGAGGACGAAACAGCACCAAUCGCCCUGACGGAACCGAAUGGCGCUGCUCCCGCCGGGGCAAGCGUGACUGGGUUCGAUGUGGACGAGGGGAAUUAUCUGCUUCUUGAUGGGGUGGAAGCGUGGGGUGUGGAGCCGAGUGAGGGGCAGAUUAGGAGGAUUUAUUGGCUUGGUGGGGAGGAGGAUAAUCUUAGUGAUGAGUAUAAGGAGAUUGGGUUGUGGGUUAAGGAGUGUAGGGGGUGUUAAGAUUAUUGAUCUGGUGUGUGGGAUGGAUGGUAAUGUAUGUAUGUUUGU